GUCUUAAAUGCUGCACAUUUUUCCUUGUGGUUAAAAUGGUGGCCUGUCAAAGUUUCGGUGUGUAUUUCGUGGGGCGGGUAGUCGUUUCUUUCGAAUACGAUCUAUUAACGAAGAAAAUAUAUCAAUAAAAUUAUUUAAAACAAACCCGUGAAAGUGUUUCACUCUGUAGAACAUUAGUUUUGUGCUUUAUUUGAGUAGAAAGUGUAUAUAAGUUAGUGUAAUUAAUUUCUACUGUGUACAAGGACUGCACUUGAAGAUUAAAUGAAGCAAAAUGCGGCCAACAAAUCGACAUGUGGCAAGAAGCAACAAAUAAAGAAAAGCGCCCAGCUACCUAAAAAAAGCAAAAAUGUAAAGCCGGCCAAAUCGGCACAGGUGGCCGCGAAGAAGAAAAAAAUGAUCGAUGUUAAAACAUCCGCAAAAGAUACAGUUGCAGAAACAAUUUCUUUUGUGAUAAAGGGUAAACUUACACCCAUCAAACCCACGCCGAUUUCUUUAAAUAAAAUAACCAGGGUGAAAGUCGUUAAUAAAAAGGCAAAUGUUAAUGUUAAAGAAAAAAAGACCAAGCCUAAAGUUCAAAAUAAAACUGCCAAACCUACUGUUAAAACGGUUAAGACAUGCGCAACUGCAAAAAAAGUGCCCCUAGUAGUUAAGGUUGCCCCUACUAAGAAAACUGGCAAAAAUGUGGACAACGUCAACAAAAAACGGAAAAAAAAAGAUAAUGAGACAACUUGGGAUAGUCCGAAGUCGAAAUUGAAAAGAUUAAGCGUGAUCCCUGUUGCAAAGGCCAAAAAAGACUCAGCCGAAGAUGAGAUUCAAAAACAAAAAACAAUUCAGAAGUUACUGAAAGAGGCGAAUAAAGCGUUGAAAACGAAAUCGGUAAGUGUGAAGAAGAAGCUCAGCGGGAAAAAAAAGAAAUCAAAUCAAACAACAAAAACACCAGCACAACAUGACCAUGUUAAAAAAUCUAUGUCAAAAGUUAAAGUAAAGGAAAAAAUACCAAAAUCAAAAGCGGAUUUGAAAAAUGAAGUGCGUGAAGAGGAUACUGUACAAAAGUCGGUUAACGUUAAAACAGAGUCGUGUGUAAAAGAAAAACUCCCAUGUCAAAGUAGCAUUAAAGUGAAAGAAGAAAAAGAUGCGGCGGGGUUGAAUGCUGUCGAUUCAAACAUUCAUUGCUCAACCUCUAAGAAGGACGAAGUCAAAUCCCAACAUGCAGUGAAAAAAGAAAGCAAUGACCCUGGAAAGGUUAAGCCAGGGCUUAAGCCCAAGGCCAAGGUUGUGAUUCUGAAAAGGAAAGGAAACUUGAGUAAAGAGGUAUUAAGAUUAAAAGAAGAAAGGCGGAAAAGCAAGCUCUAUAAUUUCUGGAACGCUCCUAAAAAAACCAGGGUUGCCUCGUUAAAUGCUCUCGCGAAAGUUCAGUGUCUAUACGAAAAUGAAUCAAAAGCAGUGUUUGACAAAAUCGAGGAGUCUGCUAUUCUAAGGAAAGCGCCUUCCGUUAAAAAGGAGAUCGACGCGAAAGUCCCCGACAGUAUCCAGGAUUUCAGCGACAGUGACUGUGAAAAUGAUCAAAAACCCUUUCAAAGGACACUGAGGAGCGUUCCAGGUUUAAGGGCUGUAGGAAAACACUGGAUACAGUUGGACACGUCCUCGAGUUCAGAUGAAAAUAGCGUCGAUUAUAAAAGCAAUAAAGUACCAUUUAAGAAAGUGAGAAUCAAGAAGGAAUCUGGUGCAAAAAAGUCGGAUAAUGAUGAGGGGGUGGAAAAAGUUGCGCCCGCGCCCCAAAAAAGAGUUCGCAAACCCAAACCGGAAUUAACAAUGGAUUUGAAAGAUAUGGUUGUAAGAAAAAGAAUGGCAAGCCUGAACGCUUCCGCGAUAUUGGCCGCCAGCUAUUCGGUAGAGAAGCGCUUUAAAAGUUCGAGGUCCGGCGACUCUUCGUCCUACGACACGGAUUCGUCGGAUGAAUAUUUCGCUGCUAGUGACGAUGAGUGCGAAAAGAAAAAGAAAGUGGAGGAUGAAGCUCCCAAAGAGGAGGAUAGAAAGCUUAUAGAGGUACACACUACACCAAACAAAAAGGUGGCCGUUAUUUUAAACCAGGACACUGACGUCACAAUUACUGGAGUGUACGUUAACAGUACGACACGGUCUACGCACCACGAGGGUUACUGUAGCAUCGCUGGCAUGCAGUAUCGGAUAUCCGCAACCAGUCACACCCAGACUGCAGCGACAGCCGUUGCCACUGAAACUCUGCUGCAGACGACCAGUGCCUCAGAUAACGCCAAUUCCGAAUCUCAACCCUCGUGCUCGACGAAAUCGUACACUCCGUUGGAUGCUCUGUCCAAUAUGCAACCGCCAUCGGCGCCGCCGGGUAUACAGCACCCUCCGCCGCCCCCCGGUCAUCAUGUGAUGCCCCCCAUGGUCCCACAGCCGAGUCAUCAAAUAGGCUCGCCACCGCAUAGACAUCAGGCACCGCCUCCGGGGUGCGGCACUAGUGCAUUCUCAUCACCUCAUCAUGUACCGGCUUCGUAUCCGUCACAAGGGCAUCAGCCUGGGGGACCAGCAUCGGGCGAACCGUCAGGAUAUGUUCACGGUUAUUACCAGCCGGCAGGUCCCCUUAUUACCGUACCUCAUGGGCACGGACAACAUCCUGUGCCACCACCACAACAACCUCAUCCGCCGCCGCCGCCGCUAUCGAAAAGUGUGUCGCUGUCGGACACUACCUCUCCUUCUUCGGCAACGUCGCCUUUGCAACCGCACGCGGCCCCUCCACCCGCAGCACCCAGUUCUAACGGUGACUCAUCUGAUAGUGAGGUCAUAAUAACAUCGGUUACCGCUGGCACAAAGGAACUCCCCCCACCGCCGAGUCAUCCUACCUCCUACCGUUACUCGCAGUAUCCUUCACCCGGAAGCUAUUCUUACCCUUAUCCAGCCUACCAUUAUCCGACACCACCUCACCCCAGCUCGCCGUAUGGCCACCACGAUUUAUGCUAUUCCGCGCCUACCGUUAAUUCGUACGUACACCACCCGAAGUAUCCGACUUCCUACGGGAGAUAUUUGAGCAGCAGCAGAUAUUAUCCGGGAAGUCCCACGACGGAAAUGUACCCUCCGCCGCCCGGUGCUCCGCCUCCACAACCCACUCAACAGGUGGUUACAUCAUCUCCGGUUUCGUCGAAUAACUCGCCGUAUCCCACGGCUCCAGCCGGUCCCCCACCACCUCCCACUAUAAUUGAGACUUAUCCGCCACCUCCAGCGCCGCCGACACUAGUAGAGACGUAUCAGCCUCCGCCUCAUCAUUAUUACCCGUCGGCGUACGGUAUUCCCCCAUCAUGUUAUAGCCAUACCCCCACAAGGGCUAUGCCAUAUAUGAACCCUACAUAUCAAAAUUGCCCAUGUCCAAUGCAGUCGUGUCCAAAAAACGUCCUUACUGGGCCUCUUACUGGUGAAAGUAAGAGGUCUAACAUUUCCAAGGACUCAAUGCCUCUACCUCCAGUUGCCUUAGCUCUCCCUUUAGAGCCUGCCAGCGCUACAGGACCUCCAAGUCCUGCUCGAGGUUCGGCUGGUAUGCCUCCACCACCGUCGCCCGCAGGGGCAACUUACCAACCGCCACCUCCAAUUGCUAAACAAGAAUCGCACUUGAUUGAGAGACAACCAGAUUGUAAUGGUGAGAAAAAACGCAAGGCGAGAGUAGGUAAAGCUAUGGUACGGAAUAACAUGCAAAAUACAAUGCUGCUGAUGUGUAAUCCAACUCAAAAUUAUGUAAAACGGGAAAUAGAAAGUCCAAAAGAUAAAGAGGAGCUGCAUAAAAAAGAAGAGUGUUUACCUGCAGAUUCCGCCAAAAUUCUUCCAGAAACGUUUACAGAAAAGUCCUGUCUUGAAGACGGCUGCACUAUUCUGAAAAAUGAAAUCAGGGACGAUAAAGUAUUCGAAGAUCAGCCAUCAAAACAUACGGUGCUCGAUCUAAAAUUGAUGGAGAAAGAAAGUGUUGAACAAAAACAUGACGUUCUCAGUAUCGCACAACCUCUACCUCCAAAGGAAGACAAACCCCUUCCUCCUUGUGUUGCCACAGUGGCGGAAAAUGUAAAAGUAAAAAAUAUGAAGCGAAAACAACUAAUGGCGAAUGAUAUUCAAACGUCGGAAAAUGCUCAUCCUCCACCUGCCAAGAAAAAGAAAAUCGGAUCCUAUAAAGAUUUUAUUAGGAAACACACCAGCUGCUUCAAAAUAAACAACGGAAAGAAAAAAUUAAUAAGCAAAUCGUCAGGAAAAUCGAGAAUGCCAAAAAUCAGACUAAAGGCGCCAAUAAAACGGAAGCAAAGUAAUGUAAGAGGUCAGAAAACCAAGAGAAUGAAACUGUCUGUUUCUUCGCCGGUGGAAACAAAACUUUUUAAGAAAGACAAUCAUGUACAGGCAGAUAAGAAAGAGAAAUUCAGAAAAAUAAUUAGUUCCAAGUCGACGAGGGGAUCACCAAAAUUAGCUGAAAACGUGCUGGAUAAUCUAAUCAGCAAAAACAACAUUAAUAAGACUAUCGAAGAUGUGAUUAGGACAGUGGUCGGUGAUGUGCCAGUGAAAAAGAAAGAAGUGGCCAAAAUUGUUGAGUGUAAAAAUAAUGUUAAAGAUAAAAAUGUGAAUAAAAUGGUUGCGGACAAAAACGGGGGCAAAAUUUUGGAAAAUAAAAAUCAUAUUAAGUUCGGUAAUACGUUUGAAAAUAAAAAUUCUAAACAAGUGAAACCCGAGUGCAGGAAAACCAGUAGCAGCAGCAGAAGAAAAUCUUCAAGUGGGGUGUAUAAAAAGGACACUAUUGUGGCGGAAAUGGUCCCUAAAGCACCAAGAAGAUCCUUGCAUCUGCCCAGAUGGUCAAAUGGAUGGCGGUGGGAAGGUGACCCGUACGAAGCUAAUGUAUUUAUGAAUAGCGAUGAAAUAACAGUUCUAAGAAGAUGUUAUCCAGCGAUGCGACACGAAGGCGGCGAUUUGAUAGUGCCGCGUGACUGCGUUCUGCUAAAAGCGGGUCCAAGGAAAAACGAUCUUCCCUAUGUUGCCAAAAUAGCGAGCCUUUGGGAAAAUCCCGAUGACGGGGAGAUGAUGAUGUCUCUACUAUGGUACUAUAGGCCCGAACACACAGAACAAGGUCGUUUACCUAGUGACCAAAUCGAUGAAGUUUUUGCCUCAAAGCAUAAAGACUCCAAUAGCGUCGCUUGCAUAGAUGACAAGUGCUACGUGUUGACGUUCAAUGAAUACUGCAGGUAUAGGAAAAUGUAUAGAAGGUUGGAAGAAGGUUUGGAUGAAACGCCGACUUGUAUACCAAUACCAGAACCUUAUCCCAGAGCAGAUCGACAACCACCCUCGGGUAGUAUGAGCCCGGACAUGAUUUUCUUUUGCCGCAAGGUGUACGAUUUUCGACAAAAACGGAUUAUCAAAAAUCCAACCUAAAGGUCAAUAUUUAUUUUUUAUCGUGUUAAAUAUAUUUCUCAUUUUUGU